UUAUAGUAGAGUGAAUUUAAGUGUUGUGGGUCACUCUUGUGUUUCGUCCAAAGCCAACAAAUUUUGCAGACGCCGCGCUGUUUGGUAUGGGCAGCCGCAGCAGCGUCGAAACGGCGUCGUCGUCAAUGAGGGAGUUUCUGCGGCAGGCCGGCGGCGUCGCCGUCGUCGACGGUGGUCUGGCGACCGAGCUCGAGCGGCACGGCGCUGACCUCAACGAUCCUCUCUGGAGCGCCAAGUGCCUCCUCACUUCCUCUCACCUCAUUCGCGCCGUUCAUCUUGAUUAUCUUGAAGCUGGUGCUGAUAUCAUAAUCACAGCUUCUUAUCAGGCAACUAUUCAAGGUUUUGAGGCCAAAGGGUUUUCGACUGAGGAGAGUGAAUCAUUGCUUAGGAAGAGUGUGGAGAUUGCGCGUGGGGCGCGAGAUAUUUAUUACGAAAGGUGUAGUGAGGGGUCUUGUAAUGAUAGUGAUGGUAGAGUUCUCAAACGUCGGCCCAUCAUAGUUGCAGCAUCUGUGGGGAGCUAUGGGGCUUAUUUGGCUGAUGGGUCUGAGUACAGCGGUGAUUAUGGUGAGGCUAUGACGCUAGGAGCAUUAAAAGAGUUUCAUCGUAGAAGAGUCCAAGUCCUAACAGAAGCAGGUCCUGACCUACUUGCAUUUGAAACUAUUCCAAAUAAGCUGGAAGCCCAGGCUUUUGCUGAGCUUUUGGAAGAAGAAGACAUAAAGCUUCCUGCAUGGUUUUGUUUCAACUCUAAAGAUGGAAUCAAUGUUGUUAGUGGUGAUUCUUUCCUUGAAUGUGCCUCGGUUGCUGAAUCCUGUAAGAAAGUUGUUGCUGUGGGGAUUAACUGUACUCCUCCUAGAUUUAUUCAUGGACUGAUCACAACAAUUAAAAAGGUGGCUACAAAACCAAUAGUUAUAUACCCAAAUAGUGGCGAAAGUUAUGAUGCUGAUCGAAAGGAGUGGCAAAAUACUGGGGUUUCAGAUGAAGAUUUUGUUUCAUAUGUAAACAAAUGGUGUGAGGCAGGGGCUUGCCUUGUGGGAGGUUGUUGCAGAACAACUCCAAAUACUAUCAGGGCCAUCUACAAAACCCUUCCCAAUCGGUCAACAUCUCCACCUGAACAGUAACUACAUUGACUUGACAGAGAGAUGGUAGUUUCAUCAUCGUCAAGCAAGAUUUUGACAAGACUCAUACCACGGAAGUCUGAAGACAGUUUUCACAGUUUGCCGUCGAGAGGAGCCACCAAUGAAUUUUUUGCCCUCGGGUAGAGAAUGUGUGCGUGCAGGAAUGCAUAUAUUCGGGAAUUUCAGUUUGUUUGCAGCUAUGUGUUUGCUUAAACAUGUUAUGUAUUGACCACCAAGUCCUGUACAUUGUACCCAUGUUCAUUACAGAUUGUCAAUUUUCUUCAA